CCCAAAUCCCUAGCGGCACACAACCUCGGUGUGCCGCCAUGGCCGCCGCCUCCACGAAUCCCCCGCUCAAGUCCAUCUCCUCCGCCGGAGGGGUCCGCGCCGAGAAGGCCAUCGAGGAGUUCUACCAGAGGAAGACACAGUUGGAGCACAUGGUGCUGCGCCCAGACACGUACGUCGGCUCGGUCGAGAAGCACACGCUGACGCUGUGGGUCUACGAGGACGGUGCCAUGGUGAACCGUCCUGUCACCUACGUCCCCGGCCUCUACAAGAUCUUCGACGAGAUCCUCGUCAACGCCGCCGACAACAAGCAGCGCGACCGCUCCAUGGACUCCCUCCAGGUCGACAUCGACGUCGAGGGCUGCUGUAUCUCUGUCUACAACAACGGAUACGGCAUACCCGUUGUGGUCGACCAGCAGGAGGGCAUCUACGUGCCGGAGCUGAUCUUCGGCCACCUCCUCACUAGCAGCAACUACCAUGACAACGAGCGGAAGACCUUCGGCAGCAGGAACGGCUAUGGCGCCAUACUCGCCAACAUCUUCUCCAGGGAAUUCGUCAUCGAGAUCGCUGAUGGGCGCCGACAGAAAAAGUACAAGCAGGUUUUCUCUGAAAACAUGGGGAAGAAGUCAGAGCCCGAGGUUAAAAUGUGCAAGCAGUCAGAGAACUGGACCAUAGUUACCUUCAAGCCUGACCUUGCCAAGUUCGACUUGACCGAGCUCGACCAUGACAUUGUGGCACUCAUGAGGAGGAGAGUAGUUGAUAUGGCAGGCAUCCUUGGCAAAUCCGUGAAUGUUGAGUUGAAUGGUCAGAAGGUAGCAGCAAAAAGCUUCUCCGAGUACGUGCAACUCUAUAUUGACUCUGUUUCCAAGGAAGGAGUCGAGCUACCAAGUAUUUACCAGAAGGAAAAUGAUCAUUGGGAGGUGUGUGUGAGUCUAAGUCAAGGCCAGUUUCAGCAGGUCAGCUUUGUAAAUGGAAUUGCGACCAUAAGAGGCGGAACUCACGUUAACUACGUUGCAAACCAAAUCGCCAGCCAUUUGAUGGGCAUUGUGAACAAGAUAAACAAGCAAGCUAGCAUGAAGUUGCAUACAGUGAAGGGCUACCUAUGGGUAUUUGUUAAUGCGCUCAUUGAAAACCCUCUCUUUGAUUCACAGACCAAAGAGACCUUGACUACUCAUCAGUCAAGCUUCGGGUCCACGUGUUUCCUCUCCGAAGAUUUCCUUAAGAGGGUUUCUAACUCGGGUGUUGUCAGCAAUCUCCUUUCGUUGGCCGAAUCCGAACUAAAGAAGACUGAUGGAAGCAAGAGGACAAGUGUUUGUCUCAAACAGAGACAGCUUGAUAUCUUCAAGGAUGACAGCAUACGGCGAGGAGUCAGUCUUGUGAACGUCGAGCGCCUCUACCAGCAACUGACUGUCGGUCUCAAAAGUCACCCUUACAACGCCGAUAUCAGCUGCAAGGGCGACAGCUCCAGCCAUGGCCUGAACUUCCGCUUCAAAAGCAUCUGUAGUCUGCUCCUGUCGUCCUGCACGGGCCGCAAUAACUUGCCCUUCCGAGUCUCGAACCACAGCGCCCCACCCACAAAAGUUGCUACCAGGCACAAAGGCUCCGUCGAUGUUAAUUUUGAGCUCAUCUGGAUUGGGUGGUCGCCAUUUCCCCGCUUGUCAUCUGUUCACAUUGCUCAAUUCGUGACCUAUUUUUCAGUGACCAGAAUACCAACAUCUGCUUAUGGUGAUGUCCGUGCUGGCGCCACAGGAGCUAUUUUGCGUGAUGAGAAGGGGCGCUUCAUAGCUGCACAGUGCAGAGUUGUCCAUCAUGCUGCUGAUGUGAUGACAAUUGAAGCAAUUGCUAUGCGUGAUGGUUUAUCAUUUGCAAAUUCCCUGGGUUUCAAUAGAAUUGAAGCUGAAUCUGACUCAAUAAAUGUGCCUGGAACUUGCCUUAACCAACGUGAGACACGCAUCAAAGUACAGAGUAAGGUUUCUACCAUGGCAAACCUUGAACGCCCGCUACCUUCAGUGGUCGACGGCCUUAAGCCGGCGCAGAGGAAGGUUUUGUUCUGCUCGUUCAAGAGGAAUCUGGUGAAAGAAACCAAGGUGUCACACUUGGCUGGUUAUGUGGCAGAACACUCGGCGUACCACCAUGGCGAGCAGAGUCUAGCCAACACAAUUAUAGGAAUGGCUCAAGAUUUUGUCGGUACCAACAAUAUUAGCCUUUUGGAGCCCCGCGGCCUGUUUGGUACCCGAUAUUCGGGGGGCAAAGAUGCUGCUAAAGCUCGGCACAUCUACACCAGAUUAGCACGGAUCACCCGUUUAAUUUUUCCAAAGGAUGAUGAUCUUCUUCUAAACUAUCUGAAUGAAGAUGGACAGUCCAUUGAACCCAGUUGGUAUAUCCCAAUCAUUCCCAUGGUUUUGGUCAAUGGAAGUGAAGGCAUUGGGCCUGGAUGGAGGGAGUAUAUCCCAAGCUACAAUCCUAGAGACAUUAUUGCUAAUCUGAAAAGGUUGCUAAAUGGAGGCACUGUGAUACCAAUGGACCCUUGGUACAAGGGGUUCAAGGGCUCUGUGAAGAAUGCAAGAGCAAAGGCAGCUGGUGUCACGUAUACCAUCACUGGUGUUAUAGAGGAAGUCAAUGGCACCAAGCUUAAAAUUACUGAGCUUCCCGUCCGCAGCUGGACUGUCGAUUACAAAGAAUUUCUUGAAUCCAUGUGUCCUCAAAGUGAACAGGAAAAUGGCAAUGAGAAGAACAAAGGCAAGGGCAAGGUCAAGGUCAAAGAGCCACCCUUUCUAGAGAAAAUUAGAUCACAAUGUGAUCAUGCGAAUGUGGAGUUUGAGGUGAUCUUGAGUGAGCAAAACAUGAAUAUUGCUAAGAAACAAGGCCUUGAGAACAAAUUCAAGCUGACAGCCACAAUAAAAACAACAAACGUGAACUUGUUUGACUCGGAUGGUAGAAUUCGAACAUAUGGCACCCCAGAGGACAUACUUAAAGAGUUCUUCCAACUGAGGCUCGAAUUCUACGCCAGAAGAAAGGCAAUAAUGUUGCAAAAUAUAGGGAACGAGAUAUUGAAGCUUAAGAACAGAGUGAAAUUUAUUCUUGCUGUUAUCUCUGAGGACAUCAUAGUCAGUAACAGGAAGACGGCAGAGCUUUUCCUCGAGCUUAAGCAGAAGGGGUAUGAACCUUUCACAGAGAAUUUUUCUAUGUCCGAGCCGGUUCCCGUAGGAGGUACAGAAGAAGUAGAUGAAGAAAAUGAAGAGAGUCCUGCUGAAGGUGCAGAAAGUAAUUAUGAGUACCUUCUCGCAAUGCCGAUUGGUAACUUGACACUGGAGAAAGUACAGGAGCUCCUUGCAGAACAGAAGAAAUUAGAGGACGAACAUGAAUUUCUAGGCAAAGCAACUCCGGAAAUUCUUUGGCUGAGAGACCUUGAUGCUCUUGAAAAGGAACUGGAUGUGCUUGAUGCAAAAUUUCAAGCUGAACAGGAGGAGACAAGACGUAAGCGGGAAAAUUACUUCAAAGACGAGAAGGCGUCUAAAGCCGCACCCAAGAGACGACGGCCUAAUAAGACUGCAGCCAAAUCUCAGAAGACAAAUUUGGUUGGGAACGACGACGAUGAUUUUGAAACGAAACCUGCAGCACAAAAGAAGAAACCACGCCAGAAGGCAAGUUCACUGGCGAGGGAUGGUGAGGACGAAGCAUUGGAACUAAAAAAUCGUCUCGAUGUUUAUAGUUUUGGCGUGUCCUCAGAACUUAGUGCCAUGGAAACUGAGACUACAAAAGAACAUAAUAAGAAAGGAAAGAAAGGGAGGAACGAGCCAAGCAAAAGAGGCACAACAAAGAAGGCCGUGGCACCCUUAACCGACUUGUCUGGUGAAGACAUAGCAGUGCCCAUCCACAAGAGCGAGGACAAGAAGUUUACCGUGGAAGAAGCACAAAUUGAGAAGAAAAGCAUCUCUCAAAAUAGUGCCAUUAAAACUGAGACUACAAAAGGACACCAUGAAGGAAAGAAAGAGAGAAACGGGCCAAGCAAAAGAGGUGCGGUGAAGAUGGCCAUGGCACCCUUAACCGAGUUGUCUGGUGAGAACGAGGACAAGUUUGCCGUGGAAGAAGUGCAAGUUGAGAAGAACAGCAGUGGACCAGAGCCUGCUGCAAAGAAGCCAAGGAAGACUACCAUCAGGAAGAGGGCGUCUGGUCAGAGCAAGUCCAGUGCUCCUUCUCCUGAGAAGAAGGUGCGAAAGAAGAGUGGCUCGGUUGCGCAGAGAGUUGCGAGCGCUUCAACCGCAACAGAAGACGCUGAGGCUCCUCUUCCCUCCGGCAGCUCUGCUCAGCCUGUAGCACCGAGAAGGUCAGCAAGGCACGGGAAGGCGUAACCAAUCUAAAUCGAUUGAAAAUAAUGUCUAGUUUCUGAGAUUUUUUUUAGCUAAUUCUCAAAUCCAUCUACUUGUGAAAUUUGACACGUUGGUUAGAUCAUCCAUCUAGUCGUAAACUCUUCGUGUUUCUUAUUUUUAUUUUCCCCCUGGAUGUUCUUCGUUGUGUGCGUGCACGCAAAGCGUAUAUCCUGAUUUUAAGCAGUGAUGCGUCUUGUGCUCCUUCGGUUA